CCGAAGACGCUAAUCCCGGUUGGCACCGGACGGAUCUCAUGCCGAACUUCUCACUCAGUACGGACAAUCAAGGCAACAGAGAUUACUAUUCACAAUUCUUGCACCCGACCCGCGAUUCAGCAUACCUACCUUGUGGGCAUGAAAUCUCUUUAUGUUUUCGGGCACAACCCCAUUCAGCAUGAUUCCCGAUCACAGCCUCACGUUCUUCAAGCGCCCGCCAUUUCCGUCCUCUGGGCGUCAUGGUGCGAUCUAAUAGUCGCUCGUGAAGAGUCUGCCCACCUCGAGUACUACGGCACUAGCCUAACGCCCGACGAUGUUGCUCACAUAACCCAACUACGGUCCUCCGAUCAGCCUGUUUUUUUCGGGAGAGCACUCGAUGACGGGGUGCGCGGCUUCGUGGUCAACCGAACGCGAAAGCUGACCAUUUUUAUGUCGCCCGGGUCCCGGUUUCUAAGCAUCGGCAAAGCAAAAGGCGCAGUGACAAGAUCGUUUGAAGAUAUGAACCUGCAGAUUCGAAGUGUGCAAUGCCUCAGUGGAUCUAAGAUAUUCGUGUCCACAUGGUCGGAGAUUUUUCGUCAUGAGGAUCAAGACGCCAAGGGCAUGGUCGUGGCAUUUGCUUCUGUCCUGUCAUUUCUGCAUUUUCUGCGCACAAACAUAUCCCUAAAUGAAUAUCGAGAGAUAUUCGGCAAAUGGGGUUACCCACACACGACUGUUCAUAGCCCGCUUCCCAUUGACAUCUGCGCCAACGCACCAACGAUGACUGCAUUAAAUCGGUCCACUCAUCAGGUUCACACACAUGCGUUCGAUUUACGUUUUCCUAGAUGCCUGGGUCGUGAGGAUAUUGAUCCCCCAGAUUGGGGGAAAGCACAUCCAGUGUCUUAUCUUUCCGAAAUCGGGGCCAGGAAAAUUGCUUCGGGUGGAUAUUAUACGUGUGUCAUAUCGAAGGCGUCACCGUCUAGUAGCGAAGAUGACGACGAAGAAGCUGGUGGUGAAUUAUAUAUAUGGGGGCAAGCUCCUCCCGGCACAAAUCGAGAGUUGAGCGCCCUCAGGACCACGCCGUCGAGUGAUGAUCAAGAAGCCAUGGAAGAUCCUUAUGUGAAAUGCGUUGAUCUUCGAAUUGACGAUCUUCCAGCUGAUGUCAUGGAUGUGGCAGUGGGAUGGGGACACAUUCUCGUGGCAGCUCAAGCUACAAAACGUCAGGGGACCAAGAAGGAGAUUUUGAGGGCUGUUUUCGCUGCAGGAUGCAACGGGAAACAGCAACUGGGUCUCCAGGGCAAGGAGAAGAGUCGAGACUUUGUUGAGGACUUCACAGAGGUGGAGAUGCUCAGAGGGAAGAAGGUCGUGCAAUUGGUGUGUGCUGGGUGGACAAGCCAUGUGGUGGUCGAACACGAUUGA